AUGGCGCCGCGACUUUCGGUCGAGAAUGGCUCCGUGCACCAUCCGCACGCUGAAAGCAGAGGAGCGCUUUCCGCCUUGGCGGGAAGCGACGGCGGAAAGGCGGAACAGUCGCCGCCGUCGCCAGCGACGAAAGGGGUCGACGGCGACGCAGCGGCGCUGUCGCCGGCGCUAGUAGCGAGUGGAGACGAUGGCAAGGCAACGGCGCUGUCGCGGCAUUCGGUGGCGGACUGGGCGGCGAUGGUGCUGUUCAUCUACCCAGUGGUGCUGCGCCACUUCCUCGUGCGCCUGCUCUUCCAUGACCGCAGCAUUACCGUCACCUUGUUCAUCUACCCGGUGGUGCUGCGCCACUUCCCCGUGCGCGUGCUCUUCCAUGACCGCACCGCCGUCACCUUCGGCAAGCCCUACGUGAUAGCAGUGGAGCCGCAUUCGGUGCUGCCGGUGGGGCUGGGCGCGUUCAUGUGCCACGCGCUGGCAGCGGGGGGGAUGGCGGGCGCCACGAGCGCCAUCUUCCGCGUGCCGCUGCUGCGCCAGUGCUGGCAGUGGGCGCGCCUCGCCCCCGCCACCAGGCCAGUACUCUCCGGUGUGCUGCAGCGCGGCCGCCCCGUGAUCAUCGUGCCGGGCGGCGUGCAGGAGUGCCUCUUCAUGGCGCCCGGCAAGGAGGUGGUGUUCAUCCGCCAGCGCUUGGGCUUCAUCCGCCUGGCGCUGCAGCACGGCGUGCCCGUGCUGCCCUGCUUCGCCUUCGGCCAGACCAGUGCAUAUCGCUGGUGGAGGCCAGAGGGGGCAUGGUACCGGUGGGUGGCGCGGAGAAUGGGGUUUGCGCCGAUGGUCUUCUGGGGCAUGUGGGGGUCGCCCAUCCCCUUCCGCACGCCCCUCACCAUCGCCAUCGCCACUCCCAUCGGCCAGGGUGACCCUGACCCCAACCCCUCAAAAGAAAGGGUGGCAGCGGUGCAUGCAGAGUACGUGAGGGCGUUGGAGCGCCUCUUCCUUGACUACCGCGCCCAGGCGGGCUACCCCACCACACAGCUCCAGAUCAUGUGA